AUGAAAUUCAACAAGUUGGUAACGGCUUCGAGAAACAAAAAUAGAAAGAGGCAUUUCACAGCCCCUUCGCAUAUCAGAAGAAAGCUCAUGUCCGCUCCCCUUUCCAAAGAACUUCGUCAAAAAUACAAUGUUUCCACCAUGCCGAUUCGAAAAGAUGAUGAAGUUCAGGUCGUACGAGGCCACUACAAGGGACAACAAGUAGGCAAAGUAGUGCAAUCUUACAGAAAGAAGUUCGUCAUUUACAUAGAAAGGAUCCAAAGGGAGAAAGCAAAUGGGGCUAGUGUAUAUGUAGGCAUCCAUCCUUCAAAGGUUGUUAUUGUCAAACUGAAGAUGGACAAAGACAGGAAGAAGAUCAUUGAUCGUAGGGCCCAAGGGAGACUUGCAGCACUUGGAAAAGACAAGGGCAAAUACACAGAAGAAUCUGCAGCAACUGCAGUUGAGACACCCUAAUUUUUAUUUAUGAAGAGUUGACUUCUGCUGGAAAGGUAUGAAUUGAAAGUUAAGAAGCAAUUAACUUUAUUUUGGUGCAUUAGAAUAGUGCAACAAGAAAGUAGGUCAUUAAUUGUGAUCAGUAGAAAUUGGCUGGCAAAUUAUCAUUUAGAUAGGUAACAAAAUAUGUAAAGUAAGUACAGAUACUGAAAAACUGGGAUUACCAACUAACCAAAAUAAACACAAAA